AUGGCAGCAUCAUCAUCAUUAGUAGCAAGUAUGGAUGGUGGUGGUGGUGGUUUAAAUGCUAGUGGAACUGGUGGUGUAGAAAUUGCUAAAGCUUUAUCUAGCAUGCAAAUACGUAAUGAACAAUUUCGCCACUUAUAUGAAGAACUUAAAAAAGAAUAUUCAACAUUAUCUGAAGCAUAUGCUGAUUGUCAACGAACUUUAGAAAAAUCUACUGAAGACAAUCGUCAAAUGCAAGAAAAAUUUAAAAAUUUACUUGAUAAAUUACAAAUGGACAAUAGAAAAAAACAAACACAAAUUGAAGAAAUGAAAACACAAUUACUUGACAAUAGUAAAAUCGAUCAAAUUCGUGAUCGUCUAUCAUCAGAAGUUGAAGGUCCAUAUAAAUUAGCAUUAUCACAAUUAGGAAAUCAAUUAGAACAAACUAAAGGUGAAUUAACAAAAGUUCGUUUUGAAUUAAAUGCUCGAAUAAAAGAACAUGCUUCGGAAUUAUCUCAAAGAGAUCAAAUAGCAAGUGAAAUUCAAUUAAAAACUGAAAAAGAAUUAGGAGCAUUAAGAAAAGAACGUGAUCUUCUACAACAACAUAUUCGUCAAGAAAAUCAAAAAGAUACAAAUAUUGAACAAAAUCGUUCAAGAGAAAUAACACAAUUGAAAGCUAAAAUUGAACAAUUUAUUCAAGAAUUAAAUGAAGCAAGAGAAAAUGAACGUGAUUCAUUAAAACAACAAUUAACAACAACACAUCAUGAAUUAACAUCUGUUAGUGAACAAUUAACAACAGCUAAUAGACAAUUACAUGAAAGAGAUCUUCGAUUUGCACAAAUUAAUUCUGAAUAUGAAAAUAUUCAACAUCGAUUUAAAGUUGAAGUUGCCAAUCAUAAAAUUGAUUUAGCUAAAGUACAAAGAGAACAAUUAGAACAACAAGAACAAUUAAAACUACAUAUUCAAGGACUUGUUUUAGAACUUGAAGAAAAAAUCGCUGUUUUAACUUCUGAUAAAUCAAAAUUACAAUUAAAUAUGCAAGAAAAAGAACAUAAUUUACUUACAAGUGUACAAGCAGUAAGAGAAGAUGAAUGGAAAAAAAUUAGUGAAAUUACAAAUGAAAAACUUAAUUUAGAAGCUGAUUUAAAUAUAUUAAAAAAGUCGAAUGAUGAACGACAAAAACAAUUUGAUAUUGAACGUGAUCGUUUAUAUGAACAAAUAAGAAGUUUAGAAAAAACUCGUGAUGAAUUAACAAAAGAAAAUACAUAUUUAAAUACAACUAUUAAACAAAUAAAUGAUUGUCAAAAUGAAUUCGAACGUGAACAAGAAAAAUCUCGAGAACUCUAUAGAAAAUGUGCUAAACUUGAAAGUCAACUUGCAUCAACUAAUGGAAUUGAACAAGAAUUAACAGAAAUAAAUUUAAAAUUAAAAAAUGAAUUGAAUCAAUUAAUGAAUGAAUGUCAUUCGAAUAAACAAGAAGUUCAACAAAUGAAUAAUCAAUGUACAACAACAAUUGAAAAUGCUCGUCGAGCAUUUUUUAAUGAAAGAAAAGAAAUGGAAAUAAAAAUUGAACAAUUAGUUGAACAAUUAAAAAAUUAUAAAACAAAAAUAAUUGAAUUACAAAGAGAAAAAAAAGAAUAUCGAUUAAGACAUCAAAAUUUUUCACAAAAAUUAAUUGAAAAAAGUCAAUUAAUUGAAGCAAAACUUAAUGAAAUUAAACAAAAAGAAUUAAGUUUACAAAAUGUUGUUAGUCUUCAAACUCAUAAUCGUGUAAAACGUCAAUUAUCUCAAUUAUUAAAAAAACAUGCACAAUUUCAAACACUUAUCGAUGCAAAUAAUAUUAAUCGAUCAUCAGUACAAUUAGAUGAUAAAUAUGAUCUUAAUUCCAUGUUAACUCGUCUAGAUCGUUUAUCACAUGAACAAAAUCAUCAAUUAAAUGAUUUUAUUCCAACGAAAGAAACUUCAUCAGCUCUUUCCAAUCAUUUUGAAUCAAGUUUAACUCAAAGUGGAUUAUCAUCUUCUUCACCAGAUAAACGAAAAAUAAUUCGAUUUGAAGAAGAAAGUGAUUAA